AUGGACAAUGCACGGUAUGGGCACAUGCGCAUCAAGCCCGGCCAAGUCAAGGCGGUUGAUGUGCUCGAGGAAGAGGAGCCAGAGCAAGACCCAAACCGUCGAUCUUGGGGCGAAGAUCCUAAAAGCUACUGGGGUAGGCGCAAAGUGACCUACCUGGGUCACCGAGUGUCGGCAGGCCGGUUGGAGGCGAGGCCGAAAGACCUCUAA